AUGAAUGAACUUUCAGGGGAUAAUUUUGAAUAUCUGCUGCAACUGACGAAGGUACUGGCGAAUGAAUGCAGACAGACAAGACAGGAGACGGAUAAGAUCGAACUGCUAUUCAAAAGGGUUGCAAAGCAAUCUGCAAUAUCGUAUGAGGACCUUAGCGCGAAGGUACCAACCGAGACGUUGGAGAGCUAUGAGAAGUUAAGCACUCCCAACACCAUUGAUCAACUCAUAAAUGAAAACUACGCAUUAUUGUAUAAGAUUGAGCAACGAGACUACAUAAAUGCCAAAAUAUUUGCUCUGAUUAAUAACAUCAACGAUCACCUCGCAUCAAUCAAAAACUUUGUAAUAGAGCAAAAAUUUACUAGAGAACAGGAUUUGGAGAACUUCGUGUACGAAAACAUAGAGGCGAAAAGAAAUAUAGUGAAUGCCAACAUGGAAAAUCUCAAAAAGAAAAAACCAUAA